GCUGCCCCGGCCGGGACCCCGCCUGCUCGGUGCGCGGCUGGAGGCUGGACCGGGUCUACGGGACGUGCUUCUGCGACCAAGCCUGCCGCCUCACCGGGGACUGCUGCUUCGACUACGCCAGGGCGUGUCCAGCUCGCCCGUGCUCCGUGGGGGAGUGGAGCGCCUGGAGCGGCUGUGCGGACCAGUGCAAGCCCACGACCCGCGUGCGGAGGCGCUCGGUGCGCCAGGAGCCUCGGAACGGCGGCGCGCCCUGCCCUCCGCUGGAGGAGCGCGCCGGCUGCCUGGAGUACUCCACGACGCUCGGCCGGGACUGCGGGCACGCCUUCGUCCCUGCCUUUAUAACUACCUCUGCAUUCAACAAGGAGAGGACAAGACAAGCCGCAUCUCCGCAGUGGUCUACACACACAGAGGAGCCUGGGUACUGCAUGGAGUUUAGGACCGAGUCCCUGACUCCACACUGUGCUCUGGAGACGCGGCCGCUGACCCGCUGGAUGCAGUAUCUCCGAGAGGGGUACACAGUGUGCGUGGACUGUCAGCCUCCGGCUAUGAAUGCCCGGAGCCUUCGCUGCUCCGGAGAUGGUCAGGACUCUGACGGAAACCAGACCCUCCACUGGCAAGCAAUUGGCAAUUCGCGAUGUCAAGGGACCUGGAAAAAAGUUCGGCGUGUGGCCCAGUGUUCUUGUCCGGCUGUUCACAGUUUCAUUUUUAUAUAGAUUGCCACGUCGAGCUUUCUGUUUAUACACGUGCUAAAUAUUGUGUUCAACACUUACGGACCUUCGAACACUGGCUGAGGUUCCGGGGGCCCGUGCCACGGCCACACAGUGGGGGAGCUGGGAGAAAACGGAGGGGCUAAUUCUCAAGGACAGAGGUGUCUGUUGGUUCUCCCAACACGAGGACCCACCACGAAAGCUCCCGUGGCCUUACGUCUGUCUGCAAGAGAAUUACGACCACGCGGUUCCAGUCCACUUUGUGGUGAUAAAUUCUUAUUUAAGGCUUUCCAUGCUUUGUCUUGCACAUUUUUAUCUUAUUCCAUAAAUCUCUUUAAAAGCUUUUCAUUUUAAAAAGUAUAUAUAUAUAUAUAUUUUUUUUUUUUUCUCACAUAUACAUUUCCCAUAUGUUAUUCCAUAAGUUGUGAAAUAAUUUCAAGUAAAUUACAGAAAUAAUGUCCCACAGGGCAAGUUGUUUAAAAUUUCCAUAAGCAUUUUUUUUGGUGGGGGACCUCUAAUCAAACUCAGGACCUCACGCUUGCCAGGCAGGGGCUGCGCUACUGAGCUAUAUCCCUGGUCCCUCUGUAAGAAGUUUUGUAAUGAUAAAUCAACAGCUAUGCUGGAAUAUUUUUUGGAGGAGCAAUUUUGUUCAGUUAAUUGAAAAGAACAGUCCACAGAUUUACUUUAAAUGCUGUAAUUUUCAUGAAGAAAAAUUCUGGCAUCGAUGAAUAAAACAAUUGCUUUCAUUAUGAAAAUUC